AUGGAGAUUUCAGCCAUCACAGAGUCCUACUACAACUCCAAGAAUGACUACUUUCCUGGAAUUUUUUGUGCAAGCAUGAAUGUGCGGGCAUUUGGAGUCACAGUGCUGAUCCCCCUGUACUCCCUGGUGUUCAUCAUUGGAGUGAUAGGCAAUGUCCUGGUGGUUCUGGUGCUCAUACAACACAAGAGGCUUCGAAGCAUGACCAGCAUCUACCUACUCAACCUGGCCAUCUCUGAUCUGGUCUUCCUCUUCACAUUACCUUUCUGGAUUGACUAUAUACUAAAAGGAGACUGGGUUUUUGGUGAUGGUAUGUGUAAGUUCCUCACUGGUUUUUAUUAUCUGGGCUUGUAUAGUGACAUGUUUUUCAUCACCUUGCUUACAAUUGAUAGGUACCUAGCCAUUGUCCAUGCUGUGUUUGCCCUGCGUGCCCGGACUGUCACUUUUGGCAUCAUCACCAGCAUCAUAACCUGGGUCCUGGCCAUCUUGGUUUCCACUCCUUGUCUGUAUUUUUUCAGGGCCCAGUUGGAGUUCACUUACCAUACCUGCAGAGCAGAUUUGCCCCAGGAGAGUCUGAAGCAUUUUUUGAGGUUUCAGGCACUAACAAUGAACCUCCUUGGACUAAUUUUACCUCUCUUGGCCAUGAUCUUCUGCUACACAAGGAUCAUCAGUGUUCUACACAGAAGACCCAAUAAGAAGAAGUCCAAAGCUAUGCGUCUGAUUUUUGUUAUCACACUUCUCUUCUUCCUCCUCUGGACCCCCUACUAUCUGGCUGCAUUUGCUUCUGCUUUUGACGAUUUCCUAUUCACCAGAGGGUGUGAGAGAAGCCAACAGUUGGACCUGGCCUUGAUGGUAACUGAGGCAAUUGCCUACACCCACUGCUGUGUCAACCCAGUCAUUUAUGUCUUUGUGGGUGAGAGGUUCCGGAAAUACCUCAGGCAGCUGUUUCAGAGGCAUGUGAUUAUACCCCUGGCAAAAUGGCUGCCCUUCUUCUCUGUGGAACGAACACAGAGGGCCAAUUCCAUAUCUCCAUCCACAGGGGAAAAUGAGCUUUCUGCUGGCUUAUAA